CACAUCGACCACAACGACCACCCAAUCAUGUCUCUCCAGCUGAACCUUAAUUCGCCCGAAAUUACCGAGGCGUAUAAAGAGGUUCUCAACGGUGAUCCGAGUACGAAUUGGGUGUUGUACACCUACGAAGGAAGGAGCAACGAUCUCAAGGUCCAAGACACGGGAAGCGGCGGCUUGGAGGAGCUCGAAGACUCAUUUAAUGAUGGCAGGAUUCAGUACGCGUAUGUUCGCGUCAAAGAUCCCAAUUCCGGAUUGACCAAGUUCGUCCAAAUCAACUGGUGUGGUGAUGGUGUACCAGAGUCCAGAAAAGGACUCUUCCACACGCACUCUGCCACACUUACCGACUUCCUCAAGGUCGUCCAUGUCCAAGUCGCAGCACGCAGUGAUGCCGAUGUUGAUCCGGAUAACAUCAUGAAACGUGUUGCCGACUCCUCCGGGUCUAAGUACUCAGUGCAUGCGGAACAAGCAAAGGCCCCCGAACCAAUUGCGCCCAUUCGAGGGAGCGGAUACCAGCCUAUUGGCAAAGUGGAUAUCGGCGAACUGCGCAAAGGCGCCAAACCUGCAGAGCCCAUUGCUCCGAUCAGGCCUGCAUAUCAGCCUGUGGGAAAGGUCAACAUCGACGACCUCAGGCAAGGGGCCAAGCCGGAGGGACCGAUUGCUCCCGUACAGGGUAGCGGGUAUCAAACUGUCGGGCGGGUUGAUAUCGACGACCUCCGCAGAGGCGCAAGGCCAGAAGAGCCAAUUGCACCAGUCGUCGGCUCUGGGUACCAGGCUGUGGGCAGAGUUGAUAUUGCUGAGCUCAGAAGAGGUGCCAGACCGGAACAGCCUCCUGCGCCCGUUAUUGGGAGCGGUUACCAGCCAGUGGGCAAAGUUGACAUCGCCGAACUCAGGCGAGGCGCGAAGCCUGAUGUUCCCAUCGCACCUGUGGGUACUGCUUACACACCAGCCCGCGAUGAGCUCGCCAACUUCAAAAACCUUGCCAAUCCCCCACCACCUCCAGCUGCUCCUCGUCCCACGCCACCUGCAGCGUCGCGCCCUGUGCCUCCUGCUGCACCGAGACCUGCGGCUGGUGGUUUCGACCCGAGACCCGUCAUAGCAACGCAUGCUCCAGCCCCGCGAUCUCCGGCUCCUACGAAGCCAGCUGAAGACGAUCGUAUUGGACCUGUAGGCACCGCGUAUACACCCGUCUCUCUGCCUGCUCCGAGGAAGCUCGUGAAUCCCUUCGCGAAUCGCAUGCAACAGGAAGAGAAACCAGUCGUUCAGUCCCCGACUCACACCGGCCCCAAGAAGCUCACUUGGAGCGAGCGCCAAGCUCUUGCAAAGAAGCAGCAAGAGGAAGAAGAUGCUCGCACGAGGAGCCUUGCGCCACAGACGACGUCUUCCUCAGGCAGGGUGGCUGACACCGUUGUUGCUGGCCCUGGUGUUGCCGUUAGUGGGGUCAGGAGCGCUAUGCAUGCACUUACAGACGCGGUGUCGGGGACUGUAUCCCCUCCUCCCCCUCCCCCUGCCGCGCCCAGGCCGCCCUUGCCUGGGCGUCAGGAGACGGCCGAGCCAGAGGAGGAAGAAUGGCCAGAGCACGAGGAUGCUGGACCUCCUAUGCCUACCUCGGUUCCUGCGGCUCCACCACCGCCACCUUCCGCACCUCGUCCUAUGGCAGUCGUGGAACCCGAGGAAGAAGCCGCUCCUCCUCCUCCUCCGCCCCCGCCGCCGCCGCCUCCCCCUCCUGCACCUCCUGCACCGGAGGAACUCGAGAAUGUUACGACUCAGGUCGCCACUAUGCAAGUUGCGGAAUCGCAUCCGGCUGGACCGAGAGCCAAGGUCAUGUUCUCUUACGAAGCCGCGGAGGGCAACGAGGUCGACUUGGUGGAAGGCGAGGUCAUCUACGGUGUUGAACAGCUAGAUGAGGGUUGGUGGUCUGCCACCACCGCAGAGGGCAAGACCGGGCUGUUCCCAGCAAACUAUGUGGAGCUCAUAGAGGACGAUGCCGAAACGGAGGCAACCGCACCCCCACCCCCACCGCCUCCGCCUCCGCCUCCCCCGCCGGCUGCCGAACCGGUUUAUGAGGAGCCAGCGCCGCCAGCUCCCCCUCCCCCUCCUCCCGCAGCCAGUCGUCCGGUCGCUGCUGAGCCAGCUAAGCCAUUUGCCAUUGCGCAGUACGAAUACGAGGCCGCGGAGGAGAACGAAAUAUCCUUCGCCGAAGGUCAGAAGAUCACUGAUCUGGAGUUUGUAAGCGAUGACUGGUGGUCUGGCCGAGUUGAGGGGGGUCCGACCGGUCUCUUCCCUGCGAACUACGUCGAACUUCACGAAUGAGAGGGACCAAAGACGGCCUUUACUAACCGCCGGAGGCACGUGAGGGCCUUUUGCUAAGGAUACAUGCCUGUUUAGCUAGUAAAUUACACAUGUUGACAAC